GGUCAUGCUGUUGAUGAAGAUGAAAUGAGUUAAUAAACAGGUGGCAGCCGGUGCCUGUAGAAACGAAGGUGAGGCUGCUGCAUCUAUCAGAAAGGAAUUUUUGUACCAUUUUUCUUCAGACAGAGUCUGUUUGUUGUAGAGCAGGGGUGGGGAACAUCCAGCCCAUGGGCUGUAUAAGGCCCUUGAAAUCAUUUGUUCUGGCCCUGCCAAGGCAACCGCAGGCAGGACUCGAAAUUCAAGAUGUAGGAGCUUUUUUCAUAGCAACAUACGUUUAUAUUAAGUGAAUCAUAAUAAUGAAAAAAUUUUUUUAAUUAAUCCUUACCCGAGGAUAUAUUUUUUCCCAUUGAUUUUUUUGUUGUUUUGUUAGAGAGAGUGGAAGUAGGGGAAUAGAGAGAGAGAGAAACGUUGUGAGAGAGACACAUUGAUAUGUUGCCGCCUGUACACUCCCAACUGGGCCAGGAUCGGGCCUGCAACCCAGGUAGUGUCCUUAACUGGGAAUCAAACCUGGACCCUUCACCUGUGGGCCAGUGCUCUAACCACUGAGCAAUAGGCCAGGGCAAUAAUGUAAAUUUUGAGGGACAAGCAAGGAACGAAGGAACAUCCAUUACAAGAUAGACAAGACACGGAGGAGUACAUGAAAGCUUCUUGUCUGCUGACCUACGCCUGCCUGUCUGUAUUGUGGUGACUCAGAGGACAGUCAGUGACAGGCAGGCUGGGAGUGUACAUGUUGGGACAGUGUUAACACAGAACUAUGGCGAUCAGUCAUGAGAUGAGAUGCUAUGAGAUGAUUCCUCACAAUGUUGAGGAUCUUGCCUCUGAUGAUUGAAGACGAUGUUGUCGACUUUGUUAACACAGACAAUAACUCCAAUCCAACCUUUAUCCACACAUCUACCAUCAACAAUCCUCCCCCAAACAGUCUCAGAUGAAGAUUAAUGAAAUUACAGCAGCACACAGAAAAGACCUCAAGUGUCGAUGACAUGAUGAUACGAACAUUGCAUAUGUUCCAAAUCCAAAAUGCAGGAUUAGAACAGCAGUUAAAGCAAAAUAAUCAACACACAGACAGGAUAGUUAUUAAAACUUAAGUGGUGUGACAUCCUACAAAUGGCGACUACAAAGAAGAGAAAAGUUGAUGCAGAGCGUCCAUCUUUCCAAGAGAAAUGGACAAAUGAUUAUUUUUUUGUUGAAGUCAAAGGCAAACCUGUGUGCCUAGUUUGUGGCGAUAUGUUAGCAGUAAUGGAAAGAGCCAAUCUGGAGCGUCAUUACAGCUCAAAACAUGCUAAACUCAGUGAAUUGGGAGGCCAAAUGCGCCUGGAUAAAAUCAAUGCUCUUCAGCGGAGUUUGGAAUUACAACAAGCUGCUUUCACUAAGCCUCGUUGUGACAGAGACAACGUUAUUCAGACAAGUUAUGUAGUGAGUGAGCUAAUAGCAAAGAAGCUGAGGCCUCAUGUAGAGGGAGAGUUUGUGAAAGAGUGCAUGGUGGCUGCUGCAGAGUUGUUAGCACCAGACAAAGUAAAAUUGUUUCAAAGUGUUAGUUUGUCUCGGAGAACCGUCUCAGAUCGGAUCACUGAUUUAGCACAAGAUAUUGAAAAGACAUUGAAGAAUUCUGCAGGAGAUUUCCAGUUUUUCUCUCUGGCUUGUGACGAGACAACGGACAUAACAAAUACUGCCCAACUGGCUGUUUUCGUUCGUGGGAUAACUGCAGAGUUUGACACGCGUGAGGAACUGCUGUCACUGGAAGCCAUGCAUGGCACUACAAGAGGUGAGGAUUUGUUUGAUAGACUUGUUUUAUCAAUGAAAAAAUUUGAGCUAACUUUUGAAAAGUUAAGUGGCCUUAUUACAGAUGGAGCUCCAGCCAUGGUUGACUCGCAAAAAGGGUUAAUUUCAUUGGUCAAGAAAGAACUGAGUCGUUUUAGUCUUGAUCCAAGUAACUUAAUUAUAUGCCACUGCAUCAUACACCAAGAAAGUCUCUGUGCACAGUCAUUGCGGCUUAACAGUGUAAUGUCAACAGUAGUGUCAUGCAUAAAUUUUGUCAAAAGCAGAGGGUUUAACAGCCUCCAGUUUAAGGAGUUACUGAAUGAUCUUCACUCUGAGUACGGUGAUCUUGUUUAUAACUGUGAAGUGCGGUGGCUGAGCCACAGGAACAUGCUCAUGAGGUUUUAUGAACUGCGGGAUGAAGUCAGGCAGUUCAUGGAGAUGAAGGGAAAACCUGUCAGGGAACUCAUUGACAGCAAGUGGCUGUGUGAUCUAGCAUUCAUGGUGGAUAUUACCAAGUACCUCUCAGAGUUGAAUGUCAAGUUACAGGGCCCCAACCAGCUUCUCAGCACCCUGAUUUCAGAGGUGAUAUCAUUUGAAGCUAAAUUAAGGCUGUGGAAAGUGCAACUGGAAAGGAAUAACACAAUGCAUUUCCCCACUCUGGAAGGACAGAAGCCUUCUACAACACUUGAAUAUGCUAGUGAAUGUGAAAAACUAAUUGAGGCAUUUAAUGAAAGAUUCAAGGACGUGAAAAGUAAACAAAUGGAAUUGAACAUCUUUGCUACACCAUUCAGUGUAGAACCAGCUGAUGUGCCUGAUAACCUACAACACGAAAUCAUUCAGCUGCAAAGCAAUGAUGAGCUGAAAGCUAGGUACAACAAUGUCCCACUGCUUGAGUUCUAUAAAUGUUACCUAAGUAGCGAUGAAUUUCCCACUUUGAGGAGACAUGCAUUGAAAUAUGCAUCUGUGUUUGGAACCACUUACUGCUGCGAGCAGUUCUUUUCAAAACUUACCAUAACAAAGAGUCGACUGCGCUCCAGACUGAUCUACACAAACCUGGAAAAGCAGUUGCGAGUAGCAACUUCAUCAAUACCAGCUAACAUCACACGCCUCACCCAAGAGAAGCAGUUUCAGCCGUCACAUUAGGGAUUGAGGUGGUGCCAUGCAGCAAGAAGCAGUGAGAUGCAGAGUUCGAGCCAGAAGGCCUGACAUGGCACUUUAUGUACCUAAAGCUCGAAGGGAUGUAGUACUCCUCAAGACAAGGGAUGAGGAAAAAAGCUGUGGUUCACCUAAUUCUGUGGUGGAAGAAGAACAAAAAAAUUGUCUCUCCCAAAAGGAGAUCUUUAGAGAAAAAUCUAAGACUCAAAGACUAAGUAUUUAUCCUGACAAAAAGGAGCACAAUCGUAGGGAAGGAAAGAAAUCUUCAACAAAAUUAAGAAAAGACAUGUGCCUUCAAGAAAACAAUGAGGUUAGGGUUUGUACUAAGAGAGGAGCCACAGAAUCCAAAGAAAUACUAUCCCAAGGACAUCAGCAAGGAGUCCUAAAUUCUGGGACUGUUCCUAGUAUACCUUUACAAAGACAUUUUAAACCAAAGAAGGCAGAGUGUUUGGAGGUUGAAACCACAGAUGUGACAGGACACGAGAAGUUGCCUCUAUCUCUGUCUUGUUCAGAAAUCUGUGAGGCUCCAAUUUUAAACAGACCAUUCCAAAAUGUGGAAUUCUGUGAUUUCAGUAGGCUCGAACUAAGUCGGGAAACAUUUGAAAACAGAGAUUUAGAAAGCAGAAUUGAAACAAAUGCCAACGUUGUAGAGAUAUCUGGAGUUUUAAGACCUGAGAGUAUGAUUGGACCAGUAAAAUUAAGCUCUGAUUCUGGAAUUGUGCAACAAGGCAUGCAAACAUCAGGUGGAAUGUUGAAGCUCAGCAGUGGAGGCAUCACCACUAUUCCUGUUCCUGGAAGUCCAGAUGGUGUCACUGAUCAACCUUGUGUAGACUUUGAAGCUGAGAAUGUUGGUGACAUAGCCAAUAGUAUAGAUUUCAUCUUGGGUCAGAAAGGUAUAGAUUCCAUUCCUGAGACAACGGGUCACAUCUCUCAUAAAAUGACUUCAGCCAACACAUUAGAGAGCACAGAUGGCAUUUUUGAGCCAACGAUGAUUAGAGAGUGUGAGGAGAAUGACAACACUGCUGAUGAGUUAUGCAUAAAGUAUGAGCCUUCUGACACAGCUGCUCUUGCUCAUGAAACAGAUAUAGGUAAUGGGUUUAAGAGUGUAGGUGACAUUACAAAUAAGGCAUGUAUGAUGGACAUUACAGAUCCCAUGUCUGAUCAAAUAACUGUAGAUAGCCCUUGUGUCGUUGCAGUUAGAAUAGCUGGUGAAGCCUAUAGCAAUACAAGUAGUUUCUCAGAAUAUUUAGAAAUGAGUACAGACAUAACCCCUUUUCAUGUAGCUAGAGGUGGGAGUGACACUGAAAAUUUCAGCAACCUCACUGCUUGCUCAGAUAGUUAUGCUGAGAGUAUUUCAUGUAGUUUCACAGAGUCACUAGGAAAGUUGACAGAGAGCUCGUCAGAUUGUGCUUCAUCCUUGCCUAUAAAAAAGAUCGCUGGUAGUAAUUGUAACGUCUCUUUGGACUCUGAACUCAGUAUGUUAAAUGGGACAAAAGUACUUUCAGAUAGUGCCUUGGACAAUGAUCUAGAUUGUACUAGUGAUAUAACGGAGGCAUUGCAUGUACUGAAAACUGAAGAGUUCAAAACAAAAGAGGAAGAUGACUCAGAGAAUACAGAAUUUGGUAUGUCCUUUCCUGGUAUAGAAUCAGUUUCUAUAGAGACAUCUAUGGAACCGAAAACGACUGAAACUUCUCACAUGGAGGAAAGUUCAGCUACUGAGGAGAGCUGGGAGUCCAUGUUUAAUGAUGAUGGUGACUGCCUGGAUCCACGUCUUUUACGAGAGUUAUCAGGGAAUAUGAAGAAUACAAAAAGCAUCCAGGAACCUAGAUUUGAUUAUUAUAACAGUGAAGUUCCUGAUAUUGACCUCAGUGAUUGUGAAUUCCCACAUGUCAUUGAAAUUUAUGACUUCCCUCAAGAAUUUCGUACUGAAGACCUCCUACGGGUUUUCUGCAGUUAUCAGAAGAAAGGAUUUGAUAUUAAAUGGGUGGAUGACACACAUGCCCUAGGAGUAUUCUCCAGUCCAAUUACAGCUCGUGAUGCUCUGGGUAGUAAACACACCAUGGUGAAGAUCCGGCCCUUGUCACAGGCCACAAGAGCAGCCAAGGCCAAAGCUAGAGCUUAUGCUGAGUUCCUCCAGCCAGCAAAGGAGCGUCCUGAGACUUCUGCAGCCCUAGCUAGAAGGCUAGUCAUCAAUGCCCUUGGGGUUCGAAGUAAGCAGAGCAAAACUGAACGGGAAGCAGAGCUCAAGAAACUGCAAGAAGCCCGAGUACAAGAGUUCUCAGAAAAUAUUUCAACUGAUUCACAAGCAGUAUUUUUCUUUACCUGUAAGUUUUAAGUUGAGGUUAAAAUCUCUCUUCCCAUUGUAGGCUAUUGACUUGUCUGUAAAGGUUUGGGAUUCUGGCUUUGUACUUAAGUACUUUUUAUCAACCUUCAGGCUUUAGACAUUCUUAUUGCCUUAGCCCAUGAUCUGUGGAAUCUGUGAAGGCAAUUUAUUCUGAAAAUACCACUUACUGAAAGUAACUUCAUUUUUUCAUUAAACGAAUUGAAGUUUCAAACUCUUUGUUUAUUGCCAGUCUAACAAGGCCAUUAAUACUUCCUGUCCACUCGCGUUGGUGAUAGCAGGGAGCUUACAGACUCUCGGCUGCACUGGCCAGAUAACCAGUGACAGAGUGUGUCAUGGCAGGUGCUAGAGUUUCAGAGUAUAACCCAACUAAUUUUUGAAACUUUAAUGAUUAUAAUGAGGCAGUUUUUAUUUUCCCAAUGCAUGGUUUACUCAAAGGCCUCAUAGAAAAUAGAAAUAGGGUAGGAUUCAUCUGCUUUUUAUAGAUGGCAAUAACAUAAUUAGGCUAAAGGAGAAUGUGCCAUGUCCUUAACCCUUUAUUAAUUGGUUAUCUUUGAAGAAAGUGAUUUCUCUAUGAUAACCACAAUUAUCAGAAGAUCAAUAGAGGGUAAUAACAGUAAUAUCUAUAGAAAGAGAUAUGACUUAUUUUUUUUUCAGUAUAUCAUGCUUUUCUGUGUAUCUGUACCGAUACUGCAGCAGCAGUUAUCCAUGGAUGUCAUUUGAGUAUUCCCUCUACUCUCUAGGCACAUCAGCAUGCAGCUCCACUUGAAGUAUUUGUUUUAAGUACUCAGCUAUACAAAGGACAUUUCAGUGAUGUAAUUAAAAAUGAGACUGUUGGUUAAGUGGGACCCUGUUACUUUUUAAAUGAAGACCUUUAGGUGUGAAUAGAGACCCACUGUGAUAAGUUCCUAUUAUCUGUUGGUGCUGAGGCUGUACAAAUUAUAGAGGACUCUUCCUUUAUUAUGCUUCAGAGUUUUCACAUUCUUCAUAUCUGAGAAAAUACAUAUGGAAAAAUCCUGAUUUACCUCUUUCUGGCUUCUUUAUAUACCUGGUAUUGAGCAGAUUCUGUUACCUGUCUACAUGUACCCAAGGCUUCUCACUUAGCAAAUUAUUCUCUGUGGAAAUUAAAAGUACUAUUUAGGUGUUAAGAACAGAUAUUUUUGUUCCAGACUUACUUCCACCAGGGGAGGAGGAAUCAGUAUAGCAUAGUGGAUAAUAUAGACUCUGGCAUCAGAUGACCUGGGUCUACAUCUUAGCUCUCUGUUUAUUGGCUGUGUGAUCUUGGGCAAAUUAGUUACUCUCUGUUUCCUCAUCCAUAAAAUGGAAAUCAAGUGAGAAAAACAUGAAAGAUACUUAGUCAUCUUAAAAAAUCAUAGGAAUACUCUCCUUUCUGUUUCUGUAGGUCUGUAACUAGUAUGUGACAAAUGUUAGCUGCUCCUGUUUUUAUUAAUACUAGUAAAUAUUAUAUGGUGAGUCCAGUGCAGAUUCCAGGGCAUAUUUUUUGUCAUUAUUCUUUUUAUUUUAAAUUUUAUAUAAUACUCAACCAAUUACAUUUGCCAGUUAUUGAACACCUGCCCUGUGCAGAGCAUUAUGAUCCAUAUUUAGGAGAAUUAGAGAGUUGAUAAGAUUUUGUUUCUCUCCUUAAGACUGACAAUCUAGUGAAGAUACCUGCUUUGAGUAAGGAAGAAAAUAUGAGCCUGGUAUUCUAAGCAGUUGUUUCUCCUCUCACUUUAGUUUUGAAGAUUUUAAAAUGAAAAGCCAUGGCAAGGUUUUAGUUGAUUAAAAGGAUUGGAAGGAAACUUCAGGUAAUGUAACAUUAAAAUAACUGUGAUGGAUGGCUUUAUUUCCAGUUUAGAGAUGGCCCAGAGAAGUAACUGGCCUAAGAUUACCCAGCUGGUAAAUUGAGAGGAGACAUUUUAGCCUAGCCCUCUCUAAUUAAAAUAUAUGCUCCUUCUGUAAUACUUGUAAUCCCUCUUAAAGGAUUUUGGGGCAAUUAAAAAUUUUUUUACCAGAAAAAAAAGUACUUAGAAAAUUUUAAGGUCUUCAGAAAAUAAAAUAUGACAGGCUUCUUUUUAGUUAUCUGUUGCAGUGGUUAGCAGUUUUCACUGUCAGAAAAUUUUUCCUUUGGUCUAACUUAAAUCUGUAUGAUAGUUUAAUCCAGAUUCCUCUUCUUUCUUCCUCAGUAGAAAUAGAGAAUGUCUGGAUACCAUUCUAUUCUAACAACCUUUAACUAGAAUGAUUAAGAGCAGAUCAUUUAGGAAUGUGGUUUAAUAGAGUUUUUGCCAUUAACUAAUUGUGUGGCCAUGGGCAUGUCUGUGUACCCCAGUUUCCAACAAAGCGACUUACCUAACCAUGAAGAAUUUUUUGAGUACAACAUAAGUUGACAUGUGUAAAAAUGUUCAGAAAGUGCUUUACAAAUUCAGGAUACUAUUAUUUAUGUGAUUCCUGGGGAAUUAUUCAUUAUAAUAAUACUAGAGGCCUAGUGCAUGAAUUUGUGCACCGGUAGGGUCCCUAGAGGCUGCUGUCCGGGAACUCCUUUCCUUCCCCCGGCUAGCCCCG